CGGUUCGGCAGCCAUAUUAAACUUUCUACCGUCAGUUUCUGUUCUAUGCUUCCCUUCGUCGUGAAAGGAGCAAUGGAUUCGCCGUUUUGCAAUCGAUUUCCUCGCUAUUGGUGUUAAAAUAUGAUAUAUUCACAAACUCAUAGCGCCGUUUUACUGCCGCUAACACCAUAAUCGCCUGUAAUUACGGGAAUGUAAAAUUUCGGCUCGAAGAUCGACUCACUAACGGGUUGGAAAUGAGAACAAUAUUGAUUCUUUGUCUGUAACGAAGAAACAGGAAUGCGAGAAACACGAUGUCGGACUUCGUGGAAGGUUGGACUUUAGGACACACUUUGGGGGAGGGGGCUUACGGCGAGGUAAAAUUGGUGAUCAACAGAGCAUCGGGAGAAGCUGUAGCGAUGAAAAUGAUCGACUUAGCAAAGCACCCAGAUGCUCGACAGAAUGUUCGCAAGGAAACUACCAUCCAUCGAAUGCUAUCAAAUCCCCAUAUUAUUCAUUAUUUUGGACAACGUAGCGAACCCGCCAUGGAAUAUAUAUUCCUAGAAUACGCAGCUGGAGGAGAACUAUUUGACCGCAUCGAACCGGACAUAGGAAUGCCAAUGUGGGAAGCUCAGAAGUACUUUAAACAAUUGAUAUCUGCAGUUGAAUACCUGCACAGCAGAGGAGUGGCGCACAGAGACCUGAAACCAGAGAACCUGCUUCUCGAUGAUAAUGACAAUCUGAAAGUAACAGAUUUUGGUAUGGCAACGGUAUAUAGAUUGAAUGGGAAAGAACGCUGCUUGGACAAGAGAUGCGGAACUUUGCCUUACGUCGCUCCUGAAGUACUAGAUCGGCCGUAUCAUGCAGAACCGGCGGAUAUCUGGUCUUGCGGAAUUAUCCUUGUUGCGAUGUUAGCCGGAGAACUGCCAUGGGAUCAGCCCUUGGCAGAGUGUCCUGAAUAUAUAGCGUGGAAGGAGGGAAAACUUACGCUUACGCCUUGGAGUAAACUGGACAAUACUUCACUUUCCCUAGCCAAAAAAGUUCUCCGUCAUUUACCGUCGACAAGGUUUACUUUGAAACAAAUCAAGGAACAUCAUUGGAUGCUCGCUAAACACCACGAAGAUGGGAAAUCAGUGGGAAGUGACGUGGUGGAUGGAAAUAUACCAAAGCGACUGUGUUCUGCGAAUGGCGACGACGUGUCCAGAUUCUGUUUGUCGCAACCUGAGAUGCACGGUAUUGAAAUAAACAAUACAGAGCGUAUGAAGUUUGAACAAAGGCCAGGAUUUUCUUUCUCCCAGCCUACAGAUGUAGAGGAUUUAUUACUAUGCACCCCGUUACAAGCCACUCAACAUACGCAGAGCACGAGUCAGAACACCUUCCAAAAAUUAGCACGCCGCAUGACUAGAUUUUUCGUAAAAAUGGACGGUGACAGCUUUGCAAAGAAGUUGUUAUCUGUUUUGGAAAAGGAAGGAUACACAUGUCGCGUCAGCGAAGUUGGUGUUAUCACAGUUACAACUGUUGAUAGACGGAAAAUGCCUCUUGUUUUCAAAGCAAACAUCGUUGAUAUGGAUGGGAAAACACUCGUAGAUUUUAGAUUGUCCAAAGGAUGCGGUAUCGAGUUCAAGCGAAGAUUUGUCAAGAUCAAAUCUGAUCUUAGAGACUUUGUUUCCAAAAGUACUGUUUCAUGGCCUAUUGAGAUUGCCACUCACGACAAUGUGUCACAAUCAUGCUAGAUUGACAAACUAAUUUUAAAUCACCAACAUUCAAUAAUGUACAUUCUAUUUUUCUACUGAAUUUGAACUUUUAUAUUAUACUCUCGAUUAUUUGGGACUGGAAUUCAACUAGGGUUUGUAAAAUUUAAAAUCUACACAACAGCUUUAUGGCAUAAUGAAUUAAAGUUGAUUUCUGACUAGGUUUAUCGAAUGAAAGACAAAACAAUCGUUACUGUUUUUAUACACUUAAACAUUUAACAAUAGAUGUAAAAAAUUUAUAUUGAACACUUUGAUGAAUAUACUGUUGAACGAUGA